CUUGAAUCAAUCGAGUUUCGACACAGGCGUAUGCAGCACCGCUGGACUCCACAGGCACCGGCGGUGCCGUUUGUCCUCGAGGACACACGCUCAAGCAGGAAUGUCGACUCUGCAUCUUCCGGAGGAGAUCCUCAACCUGAUUGUUGAGCACUUACAAUUGCCUUCUGCUAUCGAGAUUGGAGAGCGCCGCAAUCCAGACUUCACCGGCAAGCUCAGCGACUCCGAUCAGGCCAUCAAGCUCCAACUGUUUACUCUAGCAAGUCUCGCGAGAACAUCACUCCGGCUGAAUCGGAUCGUCAAGCCAGUCCUGUACCGUACAUACCCAGGUUUCCCCCUGGCAAAUGCCAGGACUUUCAUCGAGACAUUGGCCAAAGAUCCAGUGUGUGCAGGCAGCGUCCACGAGAUUGUCAUAGACAAAUGGGAGCAUCUUACUCAAGAUGACCAGCAUACGGUCGACCUAGAGUCUCAAUCGCUGAAAACCUCAUGCCUCCAAUACGCCCAAAGUAUGCGUAGAGUGAGCUCAUGCUACCCCGUGGGACUUGGAUCUGCUGUGGGCGCAAAGCUAGAACGUGGGCGAGCCGAUGUUGUCCUUACUAUGCUCAUGCUGCUAUGUGAUAACAUCGAGGUUCUCGAAGUCUCUGUGCCCUGCCUUGGUUUCGAUGCACAACGUGGAACACAUCUCCGACUAACACCGUUGUUCUUCAUGCUUGAUGUGCUUGCCUAUAGUAAGGAUCACUCCGAAGAACGUUACCGUAAAAUACGAAAUCUGGCAAUCCGCCUCGAGAAGCAUAUGGGUGUCUUUGGCUGUGCUUUUGCGAACCGACUUCUCUCCAUGCCUAAUGUCGAGACUUUCAGUGGCUGGCGCGUCAACUGUAGUAGACUUUUUACUUCGCGGACCAUUGGCAUUCCAGACACAGAAACGCUCUGGCCGGGACUCAAGAGCAUCGAAUUGCGCCAAUGCCAGCUGGACAACGUAAUGCUCGCAUACCUCUUACGCCGAGCGCCCAAUCUCCGCCAAAUCGAUCUACAAUGGGCCGUCCAAGAAUACCCUCUCGAUUUCCAAAGCAUCGCCGCAUCACUCAACACUUUUGGCACCCACCUUGAAUCCGUACGACUUGACACCCGUAACAAUUUCUGCAACCUCCCCGAAGCAGAUCCCGAGCCCACAGGAACCCGCAUCCACGAAGCAUACGACGAACCCCUCGGAAAUUUACAACCCAUGACAAACCUCCUCCACCUCGCCGUCACUCCUCGCGCCCUCGUCGGAAGCCAUCGAUUUUUCAACAAUCCUUCCCAGGAACAACACAACCCCCUCGUCCACAACAACAGCAAUAACAACAACAACAACAAUCAUCUCCUCCUCCUCCCACCCCACCUCCAAACCCUCCACAUCCUCGGCCCGACACGCGAAGACCCCGACGUCGCGCUCACGACUGCCGUGUAUCACCAGGUUCUUCACCCUGCCAUCACGAGGGAAGCAACGACAUGUCCAGAUCUCAGAAGAAUUGAACUCUCCUGCUCGGCGUUUGCUCCGGAGAAGUAUCGUUGUUGUUCGCCUGGCUGGGAAGUGGAGGCGAGCGAGUGGGAGAAUGUGGGACCGGUUGCUGCGUGGAAGGUGGUUUUGAAGAAAAAGAAGAUUUGAUCAGUAUGUAAAGUACUUAGGCUAAUACUGCGUGACUGGUAUGAGGGAAGGAGAGUGGCGAGGGAGGUGAAAGUCUUUUCUUUUUGUAGUGCACUUAUGAUAACG